CCCUUUGAUAAAAGAUCGGAACACGCCGGGUAAGAGAACAGACCGGUGAGGAAAAGAAAAAAGGUUAGCAGGAGUCAAAGUACAUCUAGCAACAUGAGUAAAACCGCCCAAGCGAUCGGUAUAGAUCUUGGAACAACAUAUUCCUGUGUAGGAGUCUUUCAGCAUGGCAAAGUUGAGAUCAUUGCUAACGAUCAAGGGAACAGAACUACACCUAGCUAUGUAGCAUUUACAGACACAGAGAGGUUGAUUGGAGAUGCUGCCAAAAACCAGGUUGCCAUGAAUCCUACCAACACAAUUUUUGAUGCCAAGCGACUCAUUGGUAGGAAAUAUACCGACCCCUCCGUUCAAGCAGAUAUGAAACAUUGGCCAUUCCAUGUUGUCAACAAUGCAUCAAAGCCAAUGAUCCAAGUAGAAUACAAAGGAGAGCAGAAAACAUUCUCUGCUGAAGAAAUAUCAUCUAUGGUCCUGACAAAGAUGAAGGAAACAGCUGAAGCAUAUCUAGGCAAAACAAUUACCAAUGCUGUGGUCACAGUUCCUGCCUACUUCAAUGAUUCACAACGACAGGCUACUAAAGAUGCUGGUACAAUUUCAGGGUUGAAUGUUCUACGUAUUAUCAAUGAACCCACAGCAGCUGCCAUUGCUUAUGGUCUUGACAAGAAAGUUGGAAAUCAAUCGCAAGGAGAGCGCAAUGUCUUGAUCUUUGAUUUGGGAGGAGGAACCUUUGAUGUCUCAAUUCUGACCAUUGAAGAUGGAAUCUUUGAAGUCAAAUCUACAUCAGGAGAUACUCAUUUAGGUGGUGAGGACUUCGAUAACAGGAUGGUGAACCACUUUAUCCAAGAAUUCAAACGAAAACACAAGAAAGACAUUUCUGACAACAAACGAGCUGUUAGACGUCUGAGAACAGCAUGUGAGAGGGCAAAGAGGACCCUUUCAUCAAGCUCUCAGGCCAGUAUUGAGAUUGACUCUCUGUUUGAGGGUAUUGACUUUUACACUAGUAUUACCAGGGCUAGGUUUGAGGAACUGAAUGCCGACUUGUUCAGAGGAACCAUGGAGCCUGUAGAAAAGGCUCUGAGGGAUGCCAAGCUGGACAAGGGACAGAUUCAUGACAUCGUCCUUGUGGGAGGAUCUACUCGUAUUCCAAAAAUCCAGAAACUUCUGCAGGACUUUUUCAAUGGAAAAGAAUUGAACAAAUCCAUCAACCCCGAUGAGGCUGUUGCUUAUGGAGCAGCUGUCCAGGCUGCCAUUUUAUCUGGAGAUAAAUCUGAGGAGGUCCAAGACUUGCUCUUGUUGGACGUCACACCUCUGUCCCUUGGUAUUGAGACCGCUGGAGGUGUGAUGACAAGUCUCAUCAAAAGGAACACUACCAUUCCAACAAAGCAAACGCAAACAUUCACUACGUACUCUGACAACCAGCCAGGUGUGCUCAUCCAAGUGUACGAAGGAGAAAGAGCGAUGACCAAAGACAACAACCUGCUUGGAAAAUUCGAGCUGACUGGUAUUCCUCCGGCACCUCGAGGAGUUCCCCAGAUUGAAGUCACCUUCGAUAUUGAUGCCAAUGGUAUUCUAAAUGUGUCUGCUGUAGAUAAGAGCACAGGCAAAGAGAAUAAGAUCACCAUUACCAAUGACAAAGGACGUCUCAGCAAAGAUGAAAUUGACCGUAUGGUUAGUGACGCUGAGAAAUACAAACAGGAGGAUGAGAAACAGCGUGACAGAAUUGCUGCCAAGAAUGGUCUAGAAAGCUAUGCCUUCAACAUGAAAUCCACAGUUGAUGACGAGAAACUGAAGGACAAAAUCAGUGAAGGUGACAAGAAGACAAUCCUUGACAAAUGUGAUGAAAUUAUUAAGUGGAUGGACCAGAACCAAUUGGCUGAGAAGGAAGAAUUUGAACACAAACAGAAGGAACUGGAGGGAGUUUGCAACCCUAUUAUCACCAAGUUGUAUCAGGCCGCUGGAGGUGCCCCUGAGGGUGGUAUGCCAGGAGGAAUGCCCAACUUCGGAGGUGGUGCCCCAGGUGGUGGUGCAGCUCCAGGUGGCGGUAGCGGCGGUGGACCAACUAUUGAGGAGGUCGAUUAAA